AUGCGGCGUGAGAGGGACGACUCCGAUGAUGAAGACAUUCCGCUGCACCACAAACGCCCGUUUGGCGCUGGGCUGAAGCGCAAGAGGAUCGAAUUCGUCAGAGCGACAGAUGCGGACGCAGGCAAUACCAUCAAGGACGCGGCAAAGCAAUCCGCGUCCAUUGGUGACGUCUACGCCAGCAUAGUCCUGGGAAGCAGCUCAAAGAACUCCUCAGCGACUCCUCAGGCCAUCGGCGAUGAAAAGGAUGGCCCGAACGAGGACGGUGCCGCCUCUGCCACCAAGGAGGAGACAGAGCCUCCCAUAUGCCCCGUCUGCUCCCUCCCCAUCACCACAACGCCGCAGCAGCACGAGGCCUCGCUCGCCCACCAGGUGAGCCUGGAGCACUCCCAUCCACCAUCGGCCCUGGAUCGGUCGCGCAUGGGUUUGCGAGCCCUGGAGUCUCAGGGCUGGGACCCCGAUUCCCGGCUCGGCCUAGGCCGCACCGGCGAGGGCGCCCGGUUCCCGAUCAAGGCGGCCCCGAAGGAGGACACGCUGGGGCUGGGGGCGACGAAGCCGCAGGUGGUUGAGGUCAAAGAGAAGAAGCCGCGGGCGCUGAGCCGCAGGGAGAUGCGCGCUCUGGCGGAGAGGGAGAGGAGAAAGGGGGAGAGGUUGCAGGCUGAGAUAUACGGACGGGUAGAUGUGGAAAAGUAUCUCAGGGGCAACGGAGGCGAGGAUGGGCUAUGA